AAGUACUGCCAACUUUACUGCCAUAUUGAGCAGGCCAAUGCACUUCUUAUAUCACUAUUUGGACAUUCGGUGACAAGAACCUAAUAAAUUUUAUAACGAAAUAUCGGUCUGUCCUGUUGAUUAUACAAUUGACUGAUAAAAAGUUUAUGUUAUAACUAUUCACAUUUGAAGAUGGAAAUAGUUAAAUAAAAUUACUUUGUGCUAUCAGUUACAAUCAUGUGCUGGAAUAGAAGACUGGAAAUUUAAUGUCGAAUAAAAAUACGAGAAUAAAUUGCAAAAAGUGGAAAGAAUGCCGAGUUGUGGCAGCCUGUUCAGGAUCAUUAGACGGCGCCUCGUACUUGGGCUCAUCUUUGCUUUGUCUCUUACCUACUGCGCCUUUUCACUUUUUCGUAACGAGAACAGAAUAUUAUCUGAUCCCUAGAAAAAGACAUUUGCUUUGGAUAAUGAUCUUGAUGACAUGGACCCUAUGCUAAUUAAUGACAAUAACGAUGACUUAAUUUCUGAUGAUGAUGCAUUAUCGGAGCAAUUGAGAGCAUCUGGUAAACCACCACUGUGGCAGAUGGCAAUCGUUGAUCAAGGGGCAAACGAGAAUCCAUUAAAUGUAGAAGCAGUGUCAAAUUUAAAUGACACCGAUACUAUGGUUCAUCCUUGUCGUAAUUCCAUACAGGGUAAAGUUCUAAUAGUAGAUGAGCGUGGCAUUGUAUGCUCUAGACAAGAAAUUUUGCCUAAUGGUUGUUGUAAUAUGGAACAAAAAGAUUCUAAUAAAAAUGAGGAUACAUCAACUAUAGCCAAGAAAGAGAGGUAUAGCUGUAAAACAUGUAAUGCUCAAGGGUGCUGUGCUAUCUAUGAAUAUUGUGUUUCCUGCUGCCUACAUCCUGGCAAGCAAAUAAAGGGGAGGAAGGAUGUGCUAUUAGGUUUACUUAGAGACAAUCAUAAAGCACACAGGGACCAAGAUGUAGUGAAGAAACGGCUUCGCAAUCUAGACCGUUUCCAAGUUUGUUUGGCUGCGUGUCGUACUUCCAGCGCAAGCGUCCGGCACGAAAAUACCUAUAAAGAUCCACAUUCGAAGCAUUGUUACACUCUUCAACCACCAUAUUCACAUCAAAGACAUCGUCGUGAUGUUGAUUCAUACAAUAAUAAUGACGACAACUCUGUUGUCGUUGCAUCUUUUUCUGUUAUGCCAUUACUUACCCUCUUCUCUCCUUUCUGCCUACUUAUACAUGCAAACAACAAUUCGCUUUUACUAUCGUGUAACUACCGUUUACCGAUGUUUGAUUAUUACUUUCACGUACAACCACCUUGAAAUAUAAGCUAAAUUUAUCGUAUAAUGUUUUUGAUAAAAAUGAUUGAGAUCAGCGUACGGGGUUAGAUUUGUAAGGUUAUAGAUUCUGGUAGCUAAUGCUUCAGCGAGGAGGAAGUUUUUCAUUCGAUUCCAUUCGAUUUUACUCACCUAAUUUUUAUUGAUAAUAAUUUUAAAAACUAAAAGCAACGACUUGACUUUUAUUCUUUGGUUUAUGACAUAUGUCUGAAUAUAAACAUUUUAUUACUGAGUGAUAGCAAGAAAUGGAUUGCUUCCAUCUUUGUAAUCUAUUCAUGCUUGAUUCACGAAUUAUAAUAGAAAGAAAUGAAAAAAAGCCAUGUCGUCUGGUUCUAUUUUGAGGUAUGUCCGCCACGUGGUCAUAAGUAAAUUUUUUUAAAAGAACUAUAUGUAUUUCGUGAUUUGAAGUGACAGAUUAUAUUCAAGUUUGUAUAAAAAUGUGUUUGAAUCAUACGGUGAAAGUGGUCUGAUUCUACAAAUCCAAACAUAUGUGUGCCAGGAAGCAACACCCGGAAAGGAAAAUGAUAUAAAUUCCGAAAAUUGAAAACACAGAAAUCGAAGAUUAAGCAAUUCCUUAAAGUGUUUGAAUGAUAUCAUAACAUUUGAAACAUUCACUUGAAGAUAGGUUUAUUAUGUUACUUAAGAACAAAAAUUACUUUGGGACUGGAACAAAUGGCACCGGUUAACCGUAACGUUUUAUACACUACUCGACAAUAUUUAGCCAUAAAUCUUAAAUUUCAUGCUACGAAACUUAAAUGAUUCUAAGCAUAAACUUUCAUUAUAUUCAACAUUUUAUAUUUUAAUUUUCUUUAAAUUUAUAUUUUCGAACAAAAAUUAAAUUUUCGGCUAUUAGGAAAAAUUUGAAGAAAUUGUAUUGUUGAAAAAAAUAAUAAGAAAUUUUGGCUUUUUUAGAAAAAAAGGAACAUUUCAUAUUUUACAAUAAGGAGAUUGUAUAAACUCUAAUUUUCCAGUAAAAUACUUGAUAAAAUCGAGUGUUCUCGUAUUCUACGAGGACAAAAAGGAAAUCGAUAUUACUUAAAGCACUAAAUCCGAUAUUAGAAGGUUUUGUAAUCAGCAUACUGUACAUAGCCGUGAUAUUUGUCUCGGUGAAAGUCUCCACACAUCGAGAAUACUUCUAUUUUGUAUAUUUUCACGCAAAAUUUCGUCAUGGUUUAUUUUCUUCACAUCGUUCAUCAUAAUCAAGCCUUUACAUGGAUUUCAUCGGUGGAUUACAUCGAUUGUUACAUCGGUUGUUAAUCAUAACGUCGUCACUAAUCCGGGAAGAUAAUUACAUAUAUAAGUAUCAGAGAAAUAAGAUCAGCCCCCAAACACGACGUCUAUGACGAUGACUAACGAACGAAGUAGCUAAAUCAGCUACUGGUGGAAUACAAUGAUUCAUUUCCGAUUGUGGGGUAAUGUAAUUAACUAUUUAAAUUCCAAGCUUACGCUGCUGUUGAAUAAUUAAGCAAACAAUAUGUAAUGUUUGUGCACACGCAUUGAUUGUGGCUGAUAAAAUUGGAAUUCCGUGGCAUAUAUCGACAUUCUCCGAAAUUUUUGAAUACGUCUUAUUAUUCAUGUUGCUGCGUAUUUGAAAUGUCAGUCAUUUUCAAAACUGUUUGCGGCUGGUUUAUAUCGUAAGAAAUUUAUUUUUAUUUCUUUUGUGUCUCGUAAAUUCAUUUUAUUUUAUCGCUUAUUGAUUUAUUUGAUUUUGAAUGUUUUACGGAGAUCGGUGUACUUUUGGUGUCAUCCGACGAAGAUCUCUUUUGGUAUCAAACGAGAGACCGGCAGGUAUUUAUUUUUUCCAUAAAAUAAUAGCUGAAUUGACCUUAGUUUGAUUCACCUUUUUUUUUAAAUAUAGCACUUCUGCUAUUUUUUUUAUAGGAUUUUUAUUCUGAGAUAAUGCUGAAACAAAAAUAUAUAAACGAAUUAGAUGAAACAUUUUCGAAAUUUCAUGAACGGGAUGAGAUAUAUAUGUAUGUAGCAAGAAAGAAUUUAGUAAAGUUUUAUGAAAGGUAUGAUAUUAUUUUUUAUUUUUUAUCUUUUAGUAACUACUGCAAUGAAUAAAAAAAUGAUUCGUUAGAAAUAUUACUCUUAAUUAGGACGACAAAAAUAAGUGGCUUUAGAGAGAGAUUAUGUAGUCAAUAAAUUAAAUAUCAUCAAACUAAAAUUUCUCAAAAAAAGAAAAUAUCACAGAACAAGUGGUUCGUAUUUAUUUUUCCCUCCACAAAAGAUUUUCUAGACGAGUUGUAGAAAGUAUUUCCAACAUGCAGGCUGUAAACAUGUUUGCUUGCGGUCUAGCACUAUCUUUUUGCGAUAACUGCAUCCUAGAUCAAGCUGCUAGUACUUUAUUAAGCUAUGAACAAUUUGUUUCUCAUUCCCCGUUUGAAUUUCGUUCAGUGAUAUUUAAAACUGAUUCUAUAAAUGUCGAAAGUUGAGCUCUUUCAAUUUAAUUCCAGUGUCCGCGAAAACUUAUGAUCUUUCCUUCCGAUUGAAAUAACAUUUCCAAAUAUAAACGAAAAUGGUAAAGUGAACUAUUAAAGCAGCUGACAAUAAUAUUGGCUUUUCCGUAAAACUGUCGUUUUUUCGUUUUUAACGUGGUUUUUGUUAUCAAGGAAGGGAGAAGAACAUUGGUGUAUGUAUGCACGUAAAUCUUUAUAUCUUUUAUUUAUCGUUCUUCAACCAAUUCAAAGUAGUAUCGAUAUAGUUUUCGUAGAUACGUGUGUCGAUCAUCGAACUACGAUAUUUUUAAAUCUUUGUUACUAAAAUAGUAAACAGCUAAUAUUUACAUAUUGUAUCGUUCGAAGAAGCGGAAGUAUGAGUUCUGUAAAUAAUUAUAAUUUUACGACACUCGUAUUUUAAAGAAGAAGCUAUUUUUGAAUUGGAUAUUUAGCAUUCAGAGCAAUUUCAUUUAUCAAUUGUAAUAAUGUUUUUUUCAUUUAUUUUUUAUGUCCAUCGUAUUUCCAAUAACCAAACGAGCCAUGAACGUUACUUCCGAAAGUAUUACUAAUGACGCAUAAAGGUUCCAUUCAUCGAGAAUCAACUAAAAGAAUUCCCUCGAGUUUUACCUAAUUAAUUCGGCGGGUAGGAAAGUGCAGCGUUACAUUCGAACACAGGUACACAUGCGCAGAUAUAAACACGUAUACACAUCGAUUUUCGAAUGUCAGUAACUAUAAAACGAAGUCUAAAACGUGAGUUCUGUUAUUCUCCAUUUCUCUCUUAUUUUGGUUUAUUGAACCAUCUCAUAAAUUUUCUACCAGCUGUUGCCGAACGCCCACUAUAACCACGAAAAAUCUCAGGAGACGAUGUCUCUCUCUCAUUUCAACAAAGAAAAGAUCUUUUAAUAUUUUAAGGAAAUAUUUAUCAUACCGUUGAAACGGGAAAUCAAGUAUGUCAUUAAUGAUUCUUUUCAUCUUCUUCAAAGUUAAGAAACUUUUUAGCGACUGAAAAAUAUGAUUAAUUCAGAACGCUGUGAAGAAUGCAGCAGAGUUAAUCUUUGAUAUCUUAAUUAGUUUAAACGAUAGAAAUUACAAGGAAAGAAGAAGUUACCUUACUUUUUCAACUUCUCAAUAACAACAUCGAUCAGUGUCCUCAGUUUUCUUGGCACGAUCGGGAUUUCAGAUUUUUUCGUUGUGUCAAACUCUUUGUGGAUUCACAGAAAAAGGGCGUGCAGUAAGUGAACAAUCCGUUCUGCUUAGAAAUCGCGAUUCCAAAUUGCAGUGUCGACGGGCGGUCUUCAUUGGAAAUGCAGAUCCUCCUAUUCUUUCUCGUACGUCGUCGGUACGGAACAAGGACAGUGGGGACUCGAAAACGUAGAAAAUCGAAUUGCUAGGAUAUCUGAUGCAUAGCCUAGGUUCAUUUCCAUAACUUCCACCAACGGUAAACCAUAACGUCACGAAAACAAUUAGUCAAUGGGAAGUGGACAAAGUUUAUGUCGCGGUCCAGUUAUACUUUAAUAGAGUCAGGGCAUUUUAAACUUCCAUUGUCAUCACUAGAUAUAGGUCUAUUGUACCUCGAAACUAUUGUUCAAAUUAAUCAGACCGGCUACGCUUGUAACUUACAACCAUCUGCCUUCCGAGUCUGAAUUGAAUUUGGCGAACGAAUCAAGCAGAUCCUUGAACGAUCUUCUCGAAUGAUAAGACCACUCUUUUUCGCUUCAUCGCGAUAAUUCUAUUGAUUUUCAUUUUGAUUGUUCAGAAAUGGCGAUUUGAGAUGUAUAUACUUUUGAGGAUAGUAAGGAUAUAAUUAGAAGUUGUUUCAAUGGUGUUGGAAACAUUGUUUUUUCGUUUGACAUAAUAAAAGUGAAAGAUUUACAAUGGAUAUAAGUAAUUUUCGUUGAUCCUGUCUUCUUAUUUAAAUUGCCUUCAUAGAAUGUCAUAUUUCUUUCAUAAUAGUAAUAUCUAUCUUCAUUAACGAUUAAGAAAAAACGUAUCAUAAAAAUUUAAAGUAGGAACCUGCAGUAUGUAAUAUCAAUUUAAAUAAUAUAUGAAAUUUAUUAAUUUAUAUGGUCAAUUUCAUUGAGAAAAUAUGUAGGCAUGGAUUUUCGAUUCAUUUUCGACAAUCGACUUCAUUUUAUUUAUAUUUUAGUCACGCAUCAUAAAUACGGUACUUUGCACAUGUGCAAUUAGUACUUAAAAUGUAUUAGAUCAUACAUAUUUUGUUGAUUUAUGAAGAAGUAAUAUAUAGGGUGACCCCAAUUUAAAUGUCAAGACCUUUUCACUUCGUCCUGGGGACAGUCGCGGAAAAAGAAACAAAAACGUUUUCGUUCUUUUAAUUAUUUAUUUACACUUGUGUAUUCCAAGAGACCGAAUCAUAGCUGUAGUGUAUCUGAUAUCUCCAGGGCAAUAUUUAGCUGCAAUUAGAACGAUCAAUGUUUUAUGUAAUGCUUGCAUUGUUGCAGAGAGCAUUUUGAACAGUAUCUUCAUAAAAUAGACGAUAGCACGAACAAAUAAGUGUAAAUAAAUAAAUGAGCAAACGAAAAUUUCUUCUCUCUUUAUUUACAAUUAGUUUAUCGAUCCCUUACAGGUUCCCGAAGUUUUGACAUUAAAUUGGGGGGCAUGCUGUAUGUAUUAAAUACGUUAAUAUAUUAUUAAAUAAUCGACUUCCGUGUACGAACGUGUACCACAGAGUUUGCCGUAAGUUUGGUUGGAAAAAUGUUGUUUUCGAACAUAGAUACAUGCAUAAUGCAAAGAAAGGUUUCCUGUUCGAGUGAAUAUGGUAAAGUACGAGCUAUUUCAUAAAUUUUCAGUGAGCAUUGGGAAUCGACUCGACGAAUAAUAUAUAGGAUUCCUCAUUGUAGGGAAACGUUUAUUUUGAAAUAAAAAAUUAAUUCAAAUGAGAUGUAAUGUGCGAUUCUGAAUUUCUCAACACCAAUAAAGGUUGUAUAAUUCUUUUUGUGUAUUUAUGGACAUGUAUAUUUGUAAUUUCUUAUAUAAUGCUAUUGAAGAUUCUUCUUUAAUUCUAUUUUUAAGAUUAGAUAAAAACUUAACGUAUCUAUCUUGUAGUUCCAAUGUUGGAAUAAAUUCAA